AUGAAGAACGGGGUUAAGAAGGGCAUAGAAUUGGAAUAUUUGAGAAUUAUCAAGUUCUACUCUAUCAUUGUUGCGGUGAAAGGUUUGGAACUUCCAUUUCCAAAAAUUUCAGUUGACUACACAAUUGUUGAUCUAUCUAGCAACAUAUUUGAAGGAGAGAUUCCAUAUGUUAUUGGUAGGCUUAACUCUGUGAUAGUACUAAACUUAUCCCACAACAAGCUCAAUGAUCGAAUGCCAAAAGCUCUAGGAAAUCUCCUAAAGAUCGAGUCCUUAGACCUAUCAUGUAACCAUCUAAUAGGAGAGAUCCCUCAAAGUCUUGCCUUUAUCACGGAUCUUGAAGUCUUAAAUCUCUCGCAAAACCAUCUUGUAGGUCCCAUUCCUGAUAGAACACAGUUCAAGACAUUUGAAGCAACCUCAUUCGAAGGGAAUCUGGGACUAUGUGGGUUUCUGCUGCCCAAGUGUGAACAUCGGAGUGCCCCAUAG